AUGACCCACCUGGCAACCAACGACCACUCCAUGUCGUACAAAGCCUGUCUUGUUCAGACAUACUUCAUCAUGAUCUACGGGGGUUGCACGUGCACGAUGCUCACGGCCAUGGCCUACGACCGGUAUGUCUGCAUCUUCCAGCCUCUGCAGUACCACGCCAUAAUGACCCCGCGCAAGGUGAGAGCACUCCUGGUGGCCGCUUACGUCUUCCCUGCCUUACUGGUGCUGGGUCAGAUCGUUCUCACGUCAGGGAUACCUUUGUGCCGCCAUGUUAUUCAUAAACUGUUCUGCGAUAACUUGUCUGUGUCUAAUCUGGGCUGCAGUCGUCGGACUAUGUAUGCUAUGGUGACUGAUGUAUACGGUUUGUGCGGUCUCGUUUUCUUGAUUGUGCUUCCGGUGUUCCUCAUCCUACUGUCGUACUUCAAGCUCAUGCUGCUCAGUUCCAAGAUCUCAUCCGACGCGCGGAGAAAGGCCUUCGCCACCUGCGCCCCGCACAUCAUUAUAUUUGUGAACUUCUCCGUGUCUGGGUUGUUUGCUCUGAUUUACAAUCGCGUGGCUCACUUUGUACCCGUUGGGGUUAAUAUAUGUUUCGUGUCCCUUUAUGUUCUCGUACCUCCACUACUCCACCCUAUUGUGUACGGAAUGAAAAACCAGGACAUCAGAAAAAGCUUAUCGAAAAUGUGUAGGGUCUGGGAGUCUGCUGUUGGAUUUACCUAAGCCAAAGAAAUCAUCUGUUUCUGCAC